UUCUGUUUCCAACCAUGUUCAUCCAAAGAAACAUACCUUUUACUCAGUCUCUUUCCCUAAAAGAAGACAAAUGUAACUUUCAAAAAUGAAUGAGAUGAAAUAUACACGCUGACACGGGACUCCCGACCUCCCCCAUUCACGCUGCAGCUCAGCGCAUGCGCAUCAGCCCCCCCUCCUGGUUUCGGCCUGUUUCGGAACCGCUCGGGCAUUUUCGCCUCUUUGUUUUACUGAUAGUGGAUUUAACUCGGAUUCAACCCAACAUCCAAACGGAGCGCUCUCUUCAUAAACAGGUGUGUGAGCAUUGGUUCAUGAUGCACAGCUAAUGCUGGCCUGGCUGCCUUUCUGUCUGCAGUAGAUUCAUGGCAGCAUUAGGGAACCCCGAGAUGCUCACAAGGAAGAUCAAACUGUGGGACAUAAAUGCCCACAUUACAUGUCGCCUUUGUGAGGGGUACCUGAUCGAUGCCACUACCGUCACUGAAUGCUUACACACCUUCUGCAGGAGCUGCUUAGUGAAAUAUCUGGAAGAGAACAACACAUGCCCCACGUGUAGGAUUGUCAUUCACCAGAGCCACCCACUGCAGUAUAUCGGCCAUGACCGAACAAUGCAAGACAUUGUCUAUAAGCUGGUGCCGGGACUUCAAGAAGCGGAGUUAAAAAAGCAGAGAGAUUUCUAUCAGAAACUAGGCAUGGAGGUACCCGGGGACAUCAAAGGAGAGCUGUGCAACAUGAAGGCCCACCUGGACUCGCAGCGCAACGGCGAAGUCAAAUCUGAGGAUGCGGCAAAGGAGGGAGACGAGAAACCAGAAGAGGAUAAUGAUUACCAUCGAAGUGAUGAACAGGUGAGCAUCUGUCUGGAGUGUAACAGCAGUAAACUCCGUGGACUCAAGCGGAAGUGGAUUCGCUGCUCGGCUCAGGCUACCGUUCUUCAUCUCAAAAAAUUCAUCGCCAAAAAGCUCAACUUGACAUCUUUCAAUGAGCUGGACAUUUUAUGCAAUGAAGAAAUCCUAGGCAAGGACCAUACGCUCAAAUUUGUGGUGGUGACAAGAUGGAGAUUCAAGAAAUCACCCCUCCUCCUGCAUUACAGACCCAAGAUGGAUUUGCUGUAGUUGGGCAGGACGGUUGUUUUGGCCCAGGACUGAGCAGCGCACUAUUUAUGCAGAGACUAUCAACGCCACAUAAACACCAAACACCACACACACAAAACACGUCAGUCCCGACACGAGCCAGCAAACAACCAAUACCAACUCACUUAAUGCUACUCUGGUGAUUCAGCCAAGCCAAACAGCUGCAGGCGUUCCAUCUACACAUCAUCCGCUAUGUCCUCGAUAUGUGAAAAAAAAAAAAGGAGAAAAAAAGCAAAACAAGAGAAAGCAUAUAUUUAUACUUUUGUACAGAAGAGAGACACGGACCCAAGACGCUACCGGUGCUCUGUUUACACACCAACAAAAAACAAAUGGGGUGAAGUUUUUAUAUCGCGACCACGGCUCACACCUCAGACCGGGUAAAGAGCCACUGCGCAGUGUGGGUGCACUCCUGAGUGGGGGUCUCAUCUCACACUGCUCACUGCGGAGAAACGUCUUCACUGCCCACUCACUUGUUCAGGUCUCAUCAGUGUCAGGAGCACAGAAAAUACAAAUAUACGACGAAAAGACAUUGUUCCUAAUACCUUUGAGUUGUGAAUCGUCUCAGAGCAUUUUGUUUUUUUUUCUUUUCUUUUUCUUUAUUGCGUCACCGAACGUGGAAUUGUGAAUAGACAAAAUUUUGUGUAGUUAUUUAUGUUCAAUUUACAAGUAUUGUACAUAGAAAUUGUUACAAUGCAAGAGAGAUAAAAAGCUGAUAGAUGAAAUGUAAGAAUGAGUGUGUGUAUGAGUGCGAGACAGAGAUUGACUGAUAGACUGUUCUGAAACGUUGCUUUUAAAGGAAUGAUUAGAGGAAACCAAAUUUACACCAGUUUUCCACCUAAACACAGAUGAGAUGCAGUGCUUUGUGUAAGUGUUCACCUCCACCUGAAUACAUUUCCUCAUUUUAUUUCAUUUUAACGAUCUGGAGAUCAUUAGAGUUGUGUGUCUGUAACCUGCACAAGAUAACUCAUAAGACUGAAGUGGGAGAAAAAUUUACAUGAAUACGAAUACACCAGUUUCUGGAAGUCCCCAAAAAAAUCUUGAACAAACCUAAACACUCUGCAUCAUCAAUGAGAUAUCAAAACAGUAGAAGUGUAGCAAUCAGGGUUUGGUUAUGAAAAAAAUGCAUUGUAUUUUGUAUGUAUGUGUGCAAACUCUAUCAAUUUUUCCUUUAAGGUUAAUAUUAUGGUUUGUUUUGUAUAAAUUCAUGACGUUUAAUCCCAUUCAAGUUCCAGGUUGUAAUGCCGCGAAAUGUGGAAAUGGUCAAGAGAGAGGUAAAUCCUUAUGCAAGGCAAUGCAUGUUGAGAUAUUUUGCUAUGAUGCCAAACAUCCUAGUUUUUAUGAUUAUAUUUGAGGUGGAAAAUUGGUGUAAUAGUUUUUCUUCCCCCUCAAACAUUCUUUUAAAAAAAUAAUGGUCAGAUGUGUGAAUAUAGAGGGACAUUAAAAGAAUAUUUGCAUAGUGAGAUUCCUUAUCAGAAUGUGUCCUUUAUCAGAAGGACGUCACCGUAUCUCGCUGAACACGCAAACUUGUUUUCCCCCUUGCGAAAUUAAGGGGGUGUUUAGUGUCUAUGCGUGAUAAUGGCAGUGAUAUAAAUUGGAAAGCGGUUUCGAAAUGACAAAGUGCUUUUAAACCAUUCUCCCAAGUUAUUCAUUAGCCAUCGCAGAGUUAUUAAUGUCGUCUAAUGAUGGAUCGUUAACUUAAGGCAUAUUAGUCAUGCAAAAUAUCACACACACAUGUGCACACACACACUUCAAAUGAACAAACUGCCUGCAUUCAAAACAAUAGAAACAGUGGCUUGUAUAUGGAAACAAGCAGGUACUGUUUUAAGUGUGUUCAAUACACUAUGCGAUACAUUUCGUUAAGGGUUUGUGUCUGGACAUGGACAUGAUGUAGCCUCUUAGCAUCUGUCCCUGAGGUAACCCAACUACCCAGCCCCCCCAACCCCUUGCCUCAUACCACACCCAGUUUUAGAACCAUAUAUGCAAUACAUAGGCUUUAUUAUAUGUUUAGCAGAAGCGAUAAGCAUUUAGGUUUCCACAGAAGCUUUAGUAGCCCACUCUUCUACAGAAAGAAUGUAAUCCAUAUGAGUAUCCAUCUGUAGAGUUCACCUCUUGUGUUCUGCCACUUUUAGUGCCAAAGGCUCAAAAACACCGUUCAGGCUUCAUGUUUAUGGCAAGCUGUGUGGAAGGCAAAACAGAGAGAUCAUGGAAAAAAUGUGAAAAAAAAAGUAUAUUUAAUAAUCAGAAAAAUUGUUGUUCGUCACCCAUUUAUUUUUCUUCUCAAAUUAACAAAUCUUUUUAUUUUUACAAUCCGGAGCCCUCUUUUACGAUGCAUUGAUUCAUAAUGUUUCAGACUUUGCUAUAGAAGUUGUUAUAAGCGAGGUCUAAAGGGCUUUAUCAGUACUAUCAGUACCAUUUCCUCUCUUUCAGCUUACUCAGUGAAGAAAUAAUAACAAUCAAGUUUUGAUAUCGAGAUUUGAUAUCUCAUUUUUAUUUAAAAAAAAAAUCUCCUUUUUGGAAUAAUAAUAAUAAUAUUAAUAAUAAUAAAAAAAAAUUAGGUAGACAGGGAAUGAGGUGGUAAAAAUGACGUCUUCUAGCUGCUCAUUCUGUGUGUCUACUUUCACACGGGUAAAAUGCCAAAACCAGCUUGACCAAAAUCUCAUUUAUUUGCUUCUCAAAUUUACUACACAUCCUGUUUUUGUGUUAAUAGACUACAGUCUCACAUCAAAUCUCCUGCCUGUAAUGUUUUUCCUUUCACUCUGGAUGUGCUUACUUUUAUUCAUGUCUUUAUAUGUAAUGAAGAAAUGUUAUGCUUUACACUUUCAAAAGCACAGGAUUCUGCUUAUUUGUAUCUCAUCCUUAUUGGUUUUUGUUUGUUUGUUUGUUUUUUUAAUAAUAUAUAUAUUUUAGGUAUUAAUUCUGUUGAUUGCCCCACGAGCAGUCCACUUCUUAUUACAGCUGUCUCCUUUCUUUUUCUUUUUUUUUUUCUAAUGAAUUGUAUUAAUUACAGGAUAAAAUAAUGAUACAGGCCAGGAUUUCACCGUGAACAGUCCAAAAUGGAACAAGCACAUGUGUUUUUAAUUUCAUGUACUCAUUUUCUGUUCGAGUACUCUUCAGGAUUAAUGGGCUAGUGGUCUAGGUGUGUUUCCUUUUACGUCUCAGUUUCUUUGUGCUGAACGCUGGUGGUGCUGUCUUUUCUUUUGAGCUGAUAAAUGGUGCUAAUGUUUUUAUACACUUUGUUAAAAAAAAUGUAUGCUCGCUUUGGUGUGGAUGAGCAUACAUUUGGAUGGGUGGAUGGGGGAGUCAGUCUCGUUUUUUUUGUGUCUGGUGCUCCUGAAUUUUGUACAAGCUCAUUUCUUCAGGCUGUGUGUGUGGGGGGGACAAAAAAACAUUUAUUUUGUUAGUAAAAGCAGAAAAAUCAUGACUGCACCAUCCCCUUCCAUGCUCCUAAGAAAAACUGUCUCUGGUAAAGCUUCAUUACUUCUAAGCUUUUCCUAAAUGCAGCUCCACCUGCUUCUUUUAGACUCUGUUGGGCCGAAGUGCAGAAACAUGUACCUGUUAAGACAGAGACAAGAUGGCUUUUGUUUUUUUCCACCUUAAUUUUAUCUGAAAGUGAAAAUCUCACACCUGCAGAAAGGGUUGCUAUUCAGGCCUGCAUAGAGACAUCAGUGCUACACUUGACAGACAGGCUUUAAGAAGAUUAUGUGAGUGCUCCUCGAAUGCCCGGCACUCUGAAGGCUCUGUUUAGAGACCUGGGCAGUGCCAAGAUGCCUCUUUAUCUCUCUGUGCUGUAGUGUGUGGUCUUUUGUUUAGACACAUUGGGGAUCCUACUGGAUCUGUUUUGGUCACGUUUUAGUCAGAUAUAUGUACUGUUCUUUUCUUUUUUUUUUUAAGAAAAACUCAGCUGUUUAUAUUUGGUUUUUGUUCACAUACCCGUGAAUGUCCCCCCUUUACUGAUCAUGAAUCCUUCGACCCAUGUAUGCAUUUUACAACAAUUUAACACGAUAAGGGCGGGAUGGAUAAUUCUGCACAUAGAGGCAUUGUAAAGUUCUUCACCAGCAAGCCUCUUACCAGGACUGCAUCCUGAACAUAUUGCCAUGGUUACUCCAAUUGAAAGGUGCUAACGAUUGGUCAGAGAUCACCGGUUGCCAGGUGUUUUGUUUGCAUGCUUGGCUACCCCCAUCAGUCUUAACUAGGCACCAAACCUACUAAACCUGGCACUCUUUACAAAAAAAGUGUUCUCUUCUGUUUAAUUGCAUUAAUGACGAAUAAUUUUCAGGACCAAACUUGACAGUGGCACCUUCCUAUGAGCCAUAAAUGCUGUCCAAACUUUUUUUUGUUUGUUUAAAUCAUAUUUAUUUAUACUGUAAAAAAAUGGACUCUCUGCAGUAACCUGCUUUUUGAUACAUCUGGUGUCCUUUUGUGCAUUUUAUUAUUUGAGUUUUUGUUUGUGCUUUUUUUUUUUUUUUUUUAAACACAUACAGGGCUUAAAAACUGAACAUCAUAUAAAAACUGUCCUUUCAGUCUUUCUGCAUGUAGUCUUACGCCUAUAAUUCCAUUGAAAUGAUGUGUGUGUGUGUGUUAUUGCUCUUUGUCUACAACACUCCUGUUGUAAUCUGAUCAGGUUCGACAGCGAGAGUGUCUCAUCUUCUGCUCGGAUGCGUUGUGUUUAUGAGGAGGAAAAAUGUGCAAUAUACAUCUCUCAGAUGGUUUCCUGGUUUCAGCUCUAGAAACUCCAUUUUCUUCAUUUCUUUGGUUUCUGUCAGGUGCUCAGGUCACUAAACGAUUCCUUUCAGUCCUCAUCUCACACAUUCUACGGGUGCCUGUGAGGCUUAGAUCACACUAAUGUUUCAUUCUCAUCGACAUUGCUUGUUCUUUUGGGGGUUAAACUUUGGCACUUAAUGUGGUGCCAUGUUUUUGUUUUUUUUCGUGUGUGUGUGUGUGUGUUCAUUAACUGUAUUAUGAUUAUUUAUUGCACAUGUAAUAAGGAUGGUUUCCAUGGCUACACUUAAAGGAGUCUGAGUUUAAAACUAGGCUGGAGUUUCUUACAAUUUUAUGGACGCUUUUGUUGAAAAAUUUAAAAGUGUGUAUUUCAUGAAUAAAUGCCUUAAAAGAACCAAA